UCCUUUUUUCUAUAUCUUUUUCUUUCAUAAAAUUUAUACACUCUGUUCUUAUUAUUCUUAUUCUUACUAUUACUAUAAUAAUCCCACUUUCUUUUUCUUUUCUUUGGCGCAAAUGUCCGCCACUCCCUUGCAUUUCGAUGAGGCGCGGUAUGCUGCGCUAACAUCGCCUGGCGACCGUGAAAUGCACCUUUUCAAAUGGCUGUCCAACCUAGAUGCAUACCUCGAAACAACCGCCACAAAGGCAGACGUCACGCCAGCCCAGGACCGGCUCGAGUUGGUUUUGCUCGAAACCACGUGUAUUCCACCAGCCACAAGCACAGCGCAGCAGGCGACCAAACGGCUCUCCUGGCUCGGUAACAGCACCAGCAAUGCGCAGCAAGCAUCCAUGGCGCGGCCGAGCAUUCUAGGCAAUAAUACCGUGCCCAAGCCCAGUCGUCUAGUCCGCGAUCUCGCAGCAAAAUGUCUUGCGCGCAUAUACGAGCUCGGCCAAAUGCACCUAAUGGGCGAAUCCCUCCAUGCCAUCCGCACAUCCAUGGCCAGUAAACCCACAACCCCCAAGCUUUCAGCACUCACUUGCGCCGGUGUGCUCUUCGAAGCUCUCGCAGGGAAAGCCGGCUUCCGUCUACUGAGCUGCUUCAGCGAUUUUCUGGCACUCGCCCUAAGGCUGGUCAAAAACACCGCCGAGCCUGUGGUUGUGCGUGUUGAGGCUGUGCGGAUGAUCGGAAGGCUUGUGUGGGGCAGCUCCGGAAAAACCAUGACGGAGCAGCAGGCCAAGGAGGUAUCAAAGGUGCUGCGCGGCUGUCUGGGUGUGCGUGCGCCAUUGUUGGUUGUGGCUGCUGCGCAGGGGUUGGAGAUCCUGUACGCUGUUUCUGGCACUGGCGCCGAGCCGGUCGAAGCCGUGGUUGCUGCGCUGGUGCCGAUGGUGGCAACGCCUGUGCUGGCUGUGCGCAGGGCAUUGGCACACCUGGUUGCCGUGCUGAUUGCCAACAGUGUUUCGCUGGACCAGCCAGCGUCCAUGACCGAGCCUGCAAGCCCCACCAGUGCUCCCGCUGCUGUGGGUCUAGUGCCGGCCGCCGAGGCACCGAGUGUUGGCAUGUCGGUGCGCAGCAGCGUCGAGGCAUCGUCAUUUAAUUUGUCGCCGGUGGACCCACAGAGCAGCAGCAAUGUAGCGCGCUCGCCGGCUGCCGCUAAGGCAUCGCUGAGACGCGGCACACUGAACUCCCUGCACCGCCAAACCACUACACGCUCGUCCAUCGACACUACGACCAAUAGCGGUCCAGAAUUUCCCACCGGCCGACCACCACCAACAACAGCAACAGCAACAGCAACAACAACAACAACAGCAGCAACAGCAACAGCAACAACAGCAGCAGCAGGCACCGGCAACAGUGGCAGCAGCGGGCGCCCGACGCUUGUGCACGCCCUGCACUGGCUCUCAAUCCCCUUUACGCGCGCGUCAGCGUCGCGCGAGCUGCGAGCUGGCAUUGUUGACUGCUACGUGGCGCUGCUGGAUGAGCUCGGCAUGCAGGCUGAGGCGCACUACGCAGCCAUUGUGGCGCAUAUUCUGGGCAAUAUGGCACAGAUCUCAGUGGAUCCGCAGUCACAGCAGCACAGAUCCAGGUCUGCACAACAGCAGCAGCAGGCUCAGUCGGCUCAGCAACGCGACGGGUUAGUUGGGCUCGUGGGCGCGCUGGACACUAAGGUCGAAGCGGAGUUGCUGGCUGUGCGCGGGAUGUGCGCUUGGCUGCUUGCGCAUCUCCGCAGCCUGCUUGGUGAGCGCGGCCGGGUGGAUGCCGCGCGCUAUCUGUGGUCCGCCUGGCUGGCUAGCGAGCUGCCAGUGGAGGUGCGGUCGCUCAUUGAAGGCAACAGCAGUAAUGGUAGCAGUCGGUCGGAGAGCAUGGUUAAUUUGGCUGCUGCCGCUGCCACCGCAGUCAUUAUGCCGUGGCGCGCCUCGCAGAUCGACAGCCACCACGCAGGCUAUGGCGGCGGCGAGGUUGCGCUACUAAUCGCCCUGCACGAAUGGCGUUUGAUGCUCGAGGACCUGGGCGAGGGCGUCUCUGCCAUCGGGUGCUUUUCGGAUCCCGAGACGGUUCCGCUGGAGAACCUGCUUGGCCAUCCGAGCGAGGCCGUGCGCGUGGCCGCCGCCGCUGCCCUGCGCCCCUUGCUGCAGCACGCGGCCGGCGCCGAGGCGCAAGAGAAUGUUGCCGCGCGGUGUCUGGGCACGCUGGUCUCGCGGCUGCAGAGCUUCUGCGCGCACUGCGUUGUGCACUCAACCGAAGACGCGUGCGCAUCGGCGGAUACGCUGCGGCGGUGCAUCGGGUACGCGUACGCUAUUGCGGCGGUUGUCGCGAUGCGCGGCGCCAAGGUGCCGCUGGAUCUGCUCGAGUGGGUGCAUGGGAUUUCCCUGCGGAUGCUCGGGUCCGCAUAUGGCCGCAGCGAGCCCGAGGUUGUGCACCACCACACAGAGGGCGGCGGCGGCAGCGGCGGAUUCGGAAUCAGCAGUGGUGACCCGGCAGAUACCCAAGCAAUCCUGGGCUUGGAACAUCGUAAGGAGAACCGCUCCGCUGCAGCUGCUUCUGGGCCAGUGGCAUUGCGCAAUAUGCGGAUGACGGUCGGCUGGGUGCUGCUCACGGCGCUGGCGCAGCUAGGCCCAAGGUUCGCCCAGGCGCGUGUACGCGCCGAGUGGAUGCCAUUGUGGACUGUGGCGAUGCCGACGCAGCAGCAGCAGCAGGUUUUUGUCACUUCAUUGACGCCCUGGGCAGAGCGCGCACACCAGCUGCAGUCGCGCACCCUGGCGCUAACUCACCUGCUGGCUGCCAUACGCGCAGGCCUCGUGGAUUCUCCCAGCGAUGUGCGCGUGCUGGUGUCGUGCGUGCGCUUUACGCUGAUGUACGCUGACAACGCGCUGGAUGCGCCCCUCCAUAUGAACACACAGCAUCAGCAGCAAUUGCGGAUGUCGAUCGCUGCAGUGGUUCCGACUAGCCCGGUUUGGGCACUGCCUGUGCCGACGGCGCUGCUGACCAGCCAUGUGGUUGUGCGCGCGCGCGCUGUUGAGUGUCUGCGGGCGCUUGGCAGCCGCUGGGAGGGCGCCCUAAGUGGUGGCGUUGUGCCGGCAGCUGUGAGACUUGUCGAGACUGUUAUUGGUGGCUCUGAGGUAUUGAGCGAGUCCAUGGCGCAGCGUAUUUCGGCUGCCUGUCACCCGCUGCCAAUGCUGGUGCCCGACCACCACUCAGCGGACACUGCCGCGCACCUUUGUCGGUUCCGCAGCGGCAGCUGGGGGUACGAGAUCGAGACCGGUGUGACCUCCCUACUGCCAGUGUUCUUGAAGAGCAGCGGUGGAAACGACGGCAAGGACCUGAGCAGCAACCGGAUGGACUCUGACUUUGGGCUCGAUUUUGCAUGCUGCGCGAUGUCCGCUGAUGAAUUCGACUGGACACAGGCCGUAUUUGCCACUGUGCAGCCCGCAUCAUCGGAACCGUUGGAACCAUUGGCACCGUCGGAGCUGUCGAGGCCGCCGUACACGCGGCUGGUUGACGAAUGCGUCCGCUUGUUCGGCUGCGUGUUCCCGACUAUGGCCGAGGACGGCCAGCUCUCGCUCCUGGAUAUCCUGGUUGGCCGGCUCAACCAGCUGCCCUUCAACUCACACAGGUACUUGGCCGUGCUGACAAACAUUAUCUGCGCGCUGCAUGUGGCGCUGCAGGGCACAUCGGAGGUCAUGCCGAGGGUGGCCAGGGCCGUGGUGGAGAUGACACGCGCCGCGCUGGUCCUGCCGCUGGCCGCCCACCGGCAGCUAGCUGGAGAGAUCAUCGGGCUGCUGGCCACGCGCACGAGGGACGCGGCGUCCGCCUACCUGCCGUACCUGUUGGAGCAUUUGACACAGCAGGCCAUCCGGUCCAGAGACCGCUUUGCCCGCGCUGGGUCGGCUGUCGCCCUGGGGUCGCUCUACGCCAGGGCCGGAUCCAUGGUUGCCGGGGGUCACAUCCUGAAGCAGGUUGUUGUUUUGCUUCACUCAUUGGCCAGCGACAAGGACCCUGUGGUGCACACCUGGGCGAUUUCCGCGCUGGCCGACGCCGCAAUGUCUGCCGGAUACAUGUUCGAGCCUUAUGCACGCGACACUUUCAAGCUGGCCCUCAAGCUGUUCCUCAGCGACUCGCAUGCCGUGCCUAUGCAUGCGUCGGCCCUGUGGGCAGGCGGCAAGGACCAUACGCCACCGAACAACUUCUUGGACUGCGCCGGCUCCGAGCGAGUCCUGCCCAUUGCCACUACUGCUUCCGCUGCUGGCUUUUCUCACGGAUCCGGCAGCGAUGCGCAGAGGGGCGUUGCCCUUGGGAGGGACGCCGCUGUAACCCACCCCAACAGCACAACACACCACGGCAGGGCACCCGACGGCCACCGAGAUGACAGCCAUGGCGGCGGAGGAGGCGGUGGCGGCAGCGGCAGUGGUGGUGGCGCCAGUGGCAGCGGCGGCGGCGGGGCCAGCAGCAGCAGCGAGUACCGCUUUGUGUGCGCGCGCUCCGACGUCGAUGCGCACGAUGCCAGGGCAGCGCUAGGCCACCUUGUGAGCUCUCUGAUUCUGGUUUUUGGGCCCGAGCUGCAGGUGGACCAAGGGACGCGCGACUCUGUCUUGACCCUGAUGGGCGAGCUGCGCCGCUCCCUGCCCUCCCUCGGUGUGCCCGUUCCCCUAGGCGAUCUCUCCGUGGUGGCCGACCCCGAUGCACAGUGGCAGACGGCUGCCGAGUAUAUUUUUGCUGUGCAGAAGCGCUUGCUCUUUUUCCCGCCGCCCCGGGACGAUUCUGCGUACCUGCCGAGCGUUAUGAAGCAGACUCUCAGGCCGAUUAUGCAGACUAGGAGGAGGAUUGGCGGCUGGGGCGAUAUGGCUGGCCUGCAUUCACUGCAGAGGGUUGCUGUGCUGGCCUUGGAGGGCAUGCUGCGGCUGUACGGGGAGGAUCUGGUCCCUAUUUUGACCCAGAAUGGUGAGUGGUCCUUGUGUGACAUCCUGUGGGAGGCCCUGGCCUUGCACAGCGCGGCGGGCGAGCACGGUGGUGGUGGUGUUUCCCGCUUGCUCGUCGGCGACAUCAGGGCGCUCGUCAGGACGACUGUCAGCCUGGCCGUCUGUUGCGAGUAUCGCCAGAUGGAGCUGGGCUCGGAUACUCCCGGGGUACACGCUCUGGUCUCUACUUUGUGCGCUGUAUUUAUUAAGCGGUCGGGCGCGCAACCGACGCUGGCGGCAAUCGAGUCCGAGAUGACCGACGGCACCAGACCGUUUGACUCGCUGACCAGGCAGCUGAGCGUGGCCGCUCUGGUUUCCAUCCUUGACGCUAUAGCCACUGUGCGACCGCUGGGGUGCUCCGAGUGGCGGGCACACCCGCUGACAGACUCGCUCACCGAUCUUCUGCGCGUCUCCUACAUGGCCGCCACCACGCCCGUAGACCACUCCCUGGGGCUAUGUGUUUUGGGCCAGAGUCUUUUGCAGCGUUUGCUCAGGCACUUUGCGGACGUCGAGGAUCCGGCUGUGCCCGGCGAGGACGUGUCUGUGCUGGCCAUUUACCAGGCGCAGAUCAGCUCGGCCUUCCUCCCUGCCCUGCAGAUGAGUGGCCUUGUGAGGGUGGCUGCGAUGGAGACUGUGACUGCGUAUGUGCUGUCCGGGCUGGUUUCGAAUGACCGCGCAUCAGCCGUGCGCAUGCUCAGGCUGGUUGCACCGCAGCCGGUGUUUGCCAGGGUGGCAGAUGGCAUGCCCGAGCAGUGUUUGGUUGUCGAAAAGCUGGCUGUUCUGGGCCUGUGGGCCACGAUAUACGCCCGUCGCGACGUCUUGGGAGACGUUGUGAUGCUACACAUGGAUGUCCUGUGCCAAGGGUGGCUCGAUGCCGUGCGCGAUAUGGCGGUGCUGGAUAUGGACCUGGGCGACGUGUAUCGCGAGCUCGACCGGCUCACUGCCAACACGAGGGACGUGGGCUUGGGGCUCUGCCUAGGCCUCGAGUCAACGUAUGUUGGACUGGUGCGCGACUCUUUGAGCCAGUGGUAUGCCUACUACUUGCCGCGCUUUGUCUCUGCCUUGACUGUGGCUCUGUCCACGGGCGACACGCUGAUGCGGAACCGAGGCAAGGCAAAGUACAGGCCGAUGCUUCUUCUAAUGGGAUUUGCACUGCAGCAUCUGGCGGCAGUGCCAAAGCGGAUAUCCAGCGAUGUACCGCCCGUGCGGGAGCUUGCUGACCGGAUGGUCGGCGCGCUGGAUCUCGGCAAUUCGGCCGCCGUGGCCUAUGACAAGACCGCGAAUGUUGACGCUUUACUGGACUGCGUCUGCGCGUUGCUGGAUCGCGGACUAGAGUUCGGUCUUCUUGGUGCCUUUGGUCCCGCAGACUCGUCUGCGCACAUGUGGCUGGCAAGCGAAGUCUGGCGCAGGGCCGUUGCGUCGCAGCUCGCAGACAACAGCAACCGGGCGCUGAAGGUUGCCUUGGCACUUGUCCGCCAGAUCGACCGCUCGUUGGACCCAUCAGGGCGCAAUCUGCUGGCACAUUGGCUAUUUGACAAUACUGCCGCCAGCGAUUCAGAGGCGGAGGGUGCUCUCCUUGGCUUGUCUGUGUGCGGCCGUGCGGUCCUGCGCGAUCUCCUGGCGACUUGGCGCCGGACGUAUGGGCAAAAGGAGUCGUAUGCGACUGCAUUGGCGUGUUUGAAUGUUCUGGGCAGAAUUUCCGGCUGUGCCGCUGCCGAAAUCGACACCGCAGUAGACGGGCGCGCAAUGGUGUCUAUGUGGCUGGGGCUCUGGCACAAAUCACUUGUGGCCUCGCAGGACGCCCAUGGUCUUGCGCGCGCGCUCAUGGAUUUGCUCGGCCGUGUAUCUGCCAAGGCGGACGACGAUCUGAUCACGCGGGGUGAGUUGGCCCUUGUGUGGGCUGGCGACAUGGUCAAUGCCAUGUUGGCGCAGAUGUUGGUCUCAGAGUCCAGCAGUGAGGCCAGUGUCGGCGUCGUGGCUGCUCUGCUAUCCGUUGAAUCAUGCCUGGCCAUAUCCGCGCAGGUGCAGGCCUUAUUUGUUUCAGCGUACGUGCGUCGUUUGUCGGAAUUCACUAGGAACAGCGCACAGAAUAGUGAUCUGCCGGCAUUACUUGCUAUUCCGAAGGCUCUCAAUCAGUGCGACAAGCCACUGGGCAUUUUGCCCGUGCUUGCUCGCCAGGCCAUCCCCCAUCUGGCACGUCUUGUUCACGCGCACCUCUCUGCUGACGACACCGUGUUGGAGCUUACUCUGGGAUCUCUCACCGAGCUGGCAAUGAGUAAGAGGUAUCCUGAUGGCAGUGGCAACAGCGGCGACAUGGUGAUGGCAGCCACAUUGAUGCUCUUUUUGUCCUUGUGUGAAGACGAUGAGAGCGGUCGGAUUGCCGAUGGUAUUUUGGCUCUGGCGACGGGUGCGCCCCUGCCGUUCAAAAAUGUUGUGCUGAGGUUGGCUGCUACACAACCCUUGGCUAAAAGCAAAUUGGAGGCAGCUAUCAGGUCUCGAGCGACAAAAACAGCGAAAAACGAGAUUGAGAGGGCUGUUCAAAAAGUGGAGGAAGCGCCCAGUAGAAUUGCGUUGAAGAGCAGCUUUGCCUUUUAGUUUUUUUUUUCAGGUUUAUUCUUUUAGUAAAAUAUUGACUUGCAGUCAACAGCCAACAGCCAACAGUCAA